ACACAGGGGCAGUCUGGUCCAUUCAGCAGAGGAUAUGUAAACAGAUGCCCUGCUAAAUCAGAGCAGAAUGGGAUGGACGUCACCUUUGUUACAUCCGUGUCCAUUCUGUGUAGGGUUACAUGAAGCCUUUGAAGCAGCCGGAAAAUUCCUUCCUGUGUGAUCCAUCUCUGGUGGACGAAAUCUUCGAUCAAAUUCCAGAAUUGUUGGAACAUCAUGAGCAGUUCCUGGAGCAGGUCAAUCAUGUGGUGCAGAACUGGCCCGACAUCCAAACUGUGGGUGACAUCCUGACACAAUCUUUUUCCAAGGAAAUCCUGGUCAGCAUCUACUCCGCUUACAUCGACAAUUUCCUCAAUGCCAAGGACGCUGUUAGAGUGGCCAAGGAAGCCCGUCCCGCCUUUAUAAAGUUCCUGGAGCAAUGCACACGAGAAAACAAGGAAAAGCAGGCCCUGUCAGGACCUCAUGAUCAAGCCUGUCCAGAGAAUCCCCCGCUAUGAGCUGAUUGUGAAGGAUCUGCUCAAACACACCCCCGAGGACCACCCGGACCACAUCUGCCUGUUGGAUGCCCAGCGGAACAUCAAGCGACUGGCGGAAAGGAUAAACAAGGGGAUGAGGAGUGCAGAGGAAGCAGAGAGAGAUACCCGAAUACUGCAGGAGAUUGAAUCUCACAUUGAGGGCAUGGAGGAUCUGCAGGUUCCUUUCCGGAGGUUUGUGAGACAAGAGAUGGUGGUGGAAGUGAAAGCGGUCGGAGGCAAGAAAGAUCGUUCCCUGUUCCUGUUCACGGACCUGCUGAUUUGCACCACACUGAAGAGGAAAUCUGGUUCUCUACGCCGAAGCUCCAUGAAUCUGUACACAGCAGCCAGUGUAAUUGACAUCUCCAGCAAGUACAAGCUUCUCUGGAAAUUGCCCCCUGGAAGAUGUGGAUAUUGUUAAAGGGACAUCCCAAGCCUCGAAUCGAGACAGUAUUCAGAAGAUUAUCAGCCGACUGGAUGAAGAUCUUAGCACCAUGGGGCAAAUCAGCAAACUGUCAGAAACUCUCAGCUUUCCUCACCAGAGCCUUGAUGAUGUCAUCAAAGACAUGAUGGCCUCUGUGCAUCGCGAGCUGGCGGAAAAGCAGUCCCUCUCCUACUCUAUGUCAUUCCCGCCAAACAAAGUGGAGUUGACCACCACCAAGGCUGACGGCACCGAGUCCUUCAUAUUUGAAUUCAGCAGCCCAGAUGCCAGGCUGCACUUCGAGCAAGCUUUCGAAGAGGCCAAAAAGAAGCUGGCUUCCAGCAAGAACCGCCUAGACCCAGAAUUCCUGAAGGCCAUCCCCAUCAUGAAGACACGCAGUGGAAUGCAGUUCUCCUGUGCCUCCCCCAUUCAUAGCAGUUCAGACAACGUCCAUGAGGUCUGGGUGUGUAACAGCGAUGGAUAUGUGGGUCAGGUCUGCCUCCUCAGUAUCAGAAAUGAGCCAACAGUAGAGGCCUGUAUCGCAGUAUGCUCUGCCCGAAUCCUGUGCAUCGCUUCUGUGCCGGGACUGAAGAGGAACUACAGUAGAGACAGGCCGGCAGCUAUAACCAACCAGACGUCAGAGCGUCUCCCACAGAACUCUCUGGAUGAACCGGCAUCCCAGCAGUGCCUCCAUAUCUCUAUCUCUGGCUCAUCUUUGGAACUCUCCGAACACACAGACAGUGCCAGCCGAGAUUUGGUGCCAUUUGAUAGUGACGACACCGAUGACGAGUCCUCUCCUAGCCCCUCGGGAACCCUCCAGAGUCAGGCCAGCCGCUCUACCAUUUCCUCCAGCUUCGGCAAUGAAGAAAUGCCGAGUGCCAAGGACACCACAGCCGAGACCACCAGCUCGGAGGAGGAGCAAGAAUCCGGGUUUCUUCCAAUUCCCACCAACUUCAACCAGAACCGGGAGAGUGAGAGCCCUACUGAGGGGCGAGCAGUGAGGAGGUCCAGUCGCAACUCCUUCACACGGGGCAGUCUUGAGGACCUCAUGAGCAUCGACCCCGAGGCCUAUCAGAGCUCUAUGUGGCUAGGCACUGAGGAUGGCUGCAUUCACGUCUAUCAGUCCUCUGACAACAUCCGCAACCGCAAGAACAGCAUGAAGAUGCAGCACACAGCGUCCGUCAUGUGUAUACUAUAUUUGGACAACCAAGUGUUUGUGUCGCUGGCAAAUGGAGAUCUGAUUGUUUACCAGAGAGAGGCAGGAAGUUUUUGGGACCCUCAGAACUCCAAAACUAUUUCUUUAGGUUCUCCUGGAAACCCUGUCACCAAAAUGGUGUCCGUCUCUGGAAAACUCUGGUGUGGAUGUCAGAACAGGGUCACCAUCUUCAACACCUCAUCCCUGCUUCAGGAGCACAUGUUCCAGAUUGGACAGGACCAGAACCGCUGCGUGACGUGUAUGGUCAGCUCCAACCAGGGGAUGUGGAUCGCUCUACAGGGUAGUGCCCAGGUCCGCCUUUAUCACGCUACCACAUUUGAGCAAUUGGCAGAGGUGGAUAUUGCACCGCCUGUACACAAGAUGUUAGCAGGGUCUGACGCCAUCAUUCGCCAGCACAAGUCAAGUCGGCUUGUUUACGCAUCACGGCGUUGCUCGCUUGCAAGGAUCUCUUGUGGAUCGGGACCAGCGCUGGAGUGGUUCUGACCCUCUCCAUCUCUUCUGGCUCCACCUCCCUGAAGGGUCCAUUGUGUCCGGUGGGUCUGUCUCAGGGUCACACUGGACAUGUCCGGUUCCUAACAUCUGUGGAACUGCCCGACGGAUUUGAUGUUUACUUCCCCAUACCUGGAGAGCAGGCAGGUAACGAGCAAGCUUGUGACGCAGAGAAGAGGGACUCCUCCAGACACCGUACUAAAUCCAAACUCCUGAUCAUCAGUGGAGGUGAUGGCUACGAGGACUUCCGACUCACCAACAGCAGCGAGACUGUGGGCAGAGAUGACAGCACCAACCACCUUCUACUCUGGAGGGUCUGA